AACACGGCGUCUUCCUCUGAACUACUGUAUAGUCAACAGAAACGCGGGCCCCAGUCAGUAAGAGCUAGGCCUCAUAAACGUUCACCCUGUUCAGCGACAAUCUAGCCAAGCGACGCGUACUUCAAGCACCGGACAAUACUCGGCGCAUUUCUGGGGUACGCGAAGCCAUGCCAGUCAUUCCUCGCCGUCUACACCGGUAUCUAUGGCUUGUCCUACCCAUUAGUAUCUUUAUGAUUCUGUAUUUCAGCAGCUUCAACACACAAGAGGCUAAAUGGGACACCGACCCUUACAGUCCUUCGAGGAAUACAGCCAAAGCCGGAGAUAAGGGAGGUGGUGCGAUUGUUGAGAUGCUGGAUCCACAAAAGGCGCCAGCUCCUUAUUACUACAAGACGCCUGAUGAUACGCAUCUCGACGACUACAAAGAUGUCAUUGCCCACAACCUUUUCAGCGAAGCUGCACGCAAUAGGGCCUUCGCACUCAGCUUUGAUGCACUGAAUCCAGAGCUCGAUGACAUCAACUUUGCAACGACGCUCAAUAUGAUUUGGCGGCUGCUCUGGGCCGCUGAUAUGGGACCUCAUCUUCAUCCUGUGGUUGUUUAUGUUGCCUCAUACGUCCCUGAACGACAGCGCGACAUUUUCCGCGGUGCUGGUGCUAUUGUCAAGGAGACCGGUUUUGGCGGUGGCUUCUCCAUCAUUGAUCUCUGGAAUGAACCGGAUUACUCGACGAUUGCCUACUUUGACCACAACGCCUUCCCCAUCAAGAAUGUCAAUGGUAUCUUUGAUGCAUUACAAUUACAGCGAUGCGUCUUGAGCAAAAUGAAUGCCGCUGAGAAGGCACUAGGCGACGAUUUCUGCUUGUAUGCGUUCGGUACUGUUCCACUUGGCAAGGACUAUUUCGACAUGGACAAUCAAAUCAGUGAGCACACACUCGUGCUUGAUCCGAAUCCACUCAUCCACAAAAAGUUGGUUGAAUCACGGGGCGCUAUCCAAGAUACGCUUCCCAAUGCACGAGCAAAACACCGAGACUUGUACCUGGUCAAUGCAUUCUUCAGUGCAAGUGGUUCCCACCCUGCACAAAAGCUAGGACGCGAGUAUGGUGUCUCCGCACCGACGUAUGCAGAUGACGAAUCAGCUCGAGUAAUCCAUGAGAAGAUCUGGCAACCCCAUGCGCAAGUCCUCAAGUGGUUGCAUGGACGUUGGAACAAUGAAUGGAUGCAAAUGAUUUACCAAUUCAACAGCGAGGAAUGGGCCAAAACGCGUUACUUGGAUGAAGUCACGCCGCCUGCUGGUGGGAAACCAUUGCCUGCGUUAAAACCACCUAAGAAGAAGGAAGAUGCGAUUGAACUGCCAAAGAAGCAAAAGCCGGCCGUGAUGCCUGAUGCGUUGCCCGUGUCGACCGGUAAACCCCUUGCAAAGGGUGAAACUCAGCAUGAACAUGCAAAAGAAGAUCUCACUGCGCAUGAACUUGCCAACGAUCGUGAUCCAAAGGGCAUGGGUUUGGAUCGUGCAUCGUUGGAGAAGGUACUGCCAAAGCCUGUUGCUUUGGAUAGUGAUGAGGAUCACUUCCGGACGAGUGGCGGCAAGAUCCCUCACCCACACGACAGGGACUCGGAUGUGCUGGGUUUGGAACGGAGUGAUUCGCCAGAGGAGGCAAAAGUCAAGGCUGCCAAGGCGGAGAAGGAGAUGGAUGAGAUGAAACCGCUUGCACCCGCUCUUGGAGAUGCACUAGAGUAAGAGCUUUGUUGUUCAGGUGCAACAUUCUUGCGCGAUGUUUGUCCGAUUGGUACGAUCAUCAGGAGCACGGCGUAUAGAGCAUGGCCCGGAGUCGUACAGGCUCAUGUGGGCUUAUCUCUCGAGACUAUAGAGGACGUAGAUUAUGGCAUAUGGCUCGGAUGGAGGGAUGUUUCAUGAG